AUGAUCUUUGAUUCUAGGCUUGAACUCCCUCCGCCCCCCCGGUCAGAUGUAUUUAGCUACAUCUUUCACCAUGGCCGGAGAGCGUAUCCCUGGAACAGGGUGCUAUAUCGUGUCGAUGGCAAGGAAGAGACUUUGACGUUGGCGGAGCUUGAACGGAAGAGCAGGCAAUUUGCACACGCUCUUCGGACGGAAUAUGACAUCAGGCCUCGGGAUGUAGUGUGCAUCCUAGCCACAGAUAGGAUAGAGUACCCAAUAGCCUAUUAUGGAGCACUAGCGGCCGGGGCAACAAUUGCGCUCAUUCCGAUCCAAAAGGAAAUGUCGGAGACCGACGUCGCCGCGAGGCUGGAGCAGGCUAGGGCAAAGCUUCUGAUUACUGAUUCAGAGGUUCUGUUCUUGGCCGAGGUAGCAUCAAUGCUGGCGGGUGUCAUUCCUUUGAUGACAAUGGACGCAAAUAACCAGGGAUGGAGUUGCAUGGCCGAUUUAAUAAAGAUUGGCGAUCCAACUGCUAACGUCUUCGAUCUUAACACCGAGAUGGAGGCGAACGAGUACGACGCUUUUAUCAACCGGACUAGUGGAUCCACUGGUGCUAUGAAGUCGGUGGUCACAAGCCAUGCGCAUUUUAUCGCCACAAUGGAAGCAACAAAGUUGACAGUCCCAGAGAACACGGAUCCAGACAAAGAUGUGUGGUUAUCUUCCUUGUCUCUUGGUUUCUUUAUAAAUGCCAAACUGCACAUGGGGUUGAACAUCUUACUAGGUAUUCCAGUGAUAUUCACACAAGGAAGCCUCGAUGAAUCGAAUAUUGGUGUAAUUGAACGGCACCAUAUCACUUUCCUCUUUAUUACCCCCCCUCUUGCAUCAAGGCUGGCUCGAUGUGACGUGAGCGGUGUCAAUGUGAGCAGUAUAAAGUGGCUGUUGACCGCCGGAGCACCGAUGCAUGAAAAUCUGCGCCGCACGGUUUCGGAAAAUUUUGGCGGCGUGCAUUUGACACUCGAAUGGGCAACGUCGGAGACAAUGCUGCUCGCGAUUCAGAUAGAUGAGUCGUCUAAAAAAGCCGGCUCGAGCGGAACUCUGGUAAACGGGAUACAAGCCAAAGUUAUCAACACGGAAACUGGAUGCGAGUGUGGUGUAGGCGAAGAAGGAGAAAUCCUGGUCCGCAACAAGCUCGCGCGGUUCAAAGGCUAUAAAAAUAACGACGCUGCCAACCGUGAUUUUGACAGCGAAGGGUGGUUUCACACAAAAGAUUACGGUUACCUUGAUGAAGACUGCAACGUCUACAUCAUUGAUCGCAUCAAAGAGCUCCUCAAAGUGGGUGAAGGUUAUGGAUCCCACAUUUCCGCUAGCGAGCUAGAAUCGGUUUUGUUCGAGCACCCAGCCGUAGCCAGCGUUGUGGUGGUCGGCCUCCGCAACAAUGAGAGCCAGAUAGAUGAGCCAGCGGCAUUCGUUAUUUUGAAGCCAGAGCAUGCUGCCAACAGCAAUGUAGCAAGACAAGAAGUGGAGCAAUUUGCGGCACAAAAAUUAACCGGCCUCAGGCGGCUGACCGGGGGAGUCCACUGUCUUUCAAGCUAUCCGACAACGGGAUUCAAAAUCGACCGCAGAGCAUUGAAAUCCAUGAUGCUUUCGAAACGGAAACCUGUGGCGGCUGGCCUGUUUGUGUCCCCGGCAAUGGUCAAACUAGUGUAG